AUGUCGGGCACCACUAUAGAUGAUGUCGUAAAGCGACUAAGCACUGUCGAUAUCGAUGUUCGACUCAAGCUGGAAGCCGCAACGACGUUGCGCGAUAGUCUGGAUCACUACACCAGCGGUCAAAUAUACCCCCCCUUUCUCAAGAGGUUGAUGCCCAUCUUCAUGAGCAUCUUAAGGGGACCAUGCACUUUCCAAAGCAACUCACCAGAACAGAAACUUCGAAUGGCCAUCCUCGAAGUCAUCCACCGAUUACCUACCCAAUCCACCCCUGCCGAACCAUUCGAAUCAUACGCCGAAGAGACAGUCGACCUGUUAAUGCAGCUUGUACGAACGGACAACGAAGAGAACGCGACAAUAUGUGUCAAGAUCAUAUCAGAUAUUAUGCGCCAUCAGCACAAGGUUCUGCAGGGCAAGGUGCAGCAAUUUCUUACUCUGAUACAAGAACUCUUUGAGCAGAUGGAGAAGGUCGUCCGAGAACAACUUGACAAUGCUCCCCACAAUGCGCCGUCACAACCUGGCGCACCCUCAACACCUGGCAACUCGCAGACGAAUUUCCAGUCCCCACGUCCUGGCUCGCCAGUCGCCUCUGUCAACGACCUCGGAGCUGACCCGCAGCAACAAAAUCGUCCACUCCUGAAGGGCAUGCAGUCUUUCAAGGUUCUUUCCGAAUGUCCUAUUAUCGUGGUAUCAAUAUUCCAGGUGUAUCGAAACACGGUGCAGCAAAAUGUUAGGAAAUUCGUCCCUCUCAUCCAGAACGUGCUCUGUCUCCAGGCUUCAGCUCAACAGCAAGCACAUGCCGAUGCUGCCGCGAAAGGAACGAUUCAUACUGGAGUUAGUCCCGCUAUCAAAAACCGGGUAGCCUUCGCCGACUUCAUUACCGCUCAAGUCAAGACAAUGAGCUUCUUGGCUUACCUGCUCCGUCAAUACGCCUCACACCUGAACGACUUCCUACCUCGACUACCCGACAUCGUCUUGCGUCUUUUGAAAGAUUGCCCUAGGGAGAAAUCUGGCACACGGAAGGAACUAAUUGUUGCCAUUCGCCAUAUUAUUAAUUACAACUUCCGCAAAAUCUUUAUUCCCAAGAUCGACGAGCUGCUGGAUGAGCGAACUCUCACCGGUGAUGGACUGACAGUACAUGAGACUAUGCGACCCUUGGCUUAUAGUAUGCUUGCGGAUCUGAUCCAUCAUGUACGGGACUCUCUGAAGCCGGAGCAGAUUAGGAAGACCGUCGAGGUCUACACCAGAAAUCUCCAGGAUAAUUUCCCCGGUACAAGCUUCCAGACCAUGAGUGCCAAGCUCCUCCUGAACAUGGCCGAAUGCAUUGCGAAACUUCCCAACAAGGUUGAUGCGCGACAUUAUCUGAUCAUGAUCCUGAAUGCUAUUGCCGACAAGUUUGCUGCCAUGAACAGACAAUACCCCAAUGCUGUUAAGCUCUCAGCGUUAUAUCGCGAACAGAUGGAGGCUGGCACGCCCGAGACCUACCUGGCCGACAAGGACAGCCCACCUGAUUGGGACGAGACCGACAUUUUCUCAGCAGUUCCCAUCAAGACCUCCAACCCCCGAGACCGAGGUGCUGAUCCUGUGGUUGACAACAAGUUCCUCUUCCGAAAUUUGAUGACAGGCCUUAAGAACACAUUUUACCAAUUGAGGACGUGUAACGUUGGGUCACCAAUCGAUGCCCAGAAUGCACCUGCACACUGGCAGGAUGUAUCCUACGGAUUCACCGCUGAGGAGGUCAAGGUUAUCAUCAAACUUUUCCGUGAAGGCGCCUAUGUGUUCAGAUAUUACGAGAUCGAGAAGCCAGCUGCUGAGUCUCAAUACAUGUCUCCGGUGGAGUACAUGGCCAACUUUUACAUGGUGUCGUGUAGCAAGGAAGAGAAGGACUUGCUUGAAACCUUCGCCACUGUCUUUCAUGCCAUUGAUCCUGCCACCUUUCAUGAGGUGUUCCAGCAGGAGAUCCCGCGUCUUUACGAUAUGAUUUUUGAACAUACAGCGUUGUUACAUAUCCCCCAAUUCUUCCUCGCUAGCGAAGCGACUUCCCCUAGCUUUUGCGGUAUGCUUCUGCAGUUUCUCAUGGAGCGUAUUGACCAGGUCGGGUCUGCCGAUGUCAAGAAAUCAUCCAUUUUGUUGAGGCUCUUUAAGUUGGCUUUCAUGGCCGUCACCCUGUUCGCCAAUCAGAAUGAACAGGUUCUCUUACCGCAUGUCGUCAACAUUGUUACAAAGUCUAUCGAGCUGUCGACAAAAGCAGAAGAGCCUAUGAAUUACUUCUUGCUUCUACGCUCGCUAUUCCGCAGCAUCGGUGGCGGUAAAUUCGAGCAGCUCUACAAGCAAAUUCUACCUUUGCUUGAGAUGCUUCUGGAUGUACUGAACAACCUGUUGAUGGCUGCUCGAAAGCCGUCUGAGCGUGACUUGUAUGUGGAACUCUGCCUCACAGUUCCGGCACGACUGAGCCAUCUGUUGCCGCACCUGAGCUUCCUGAUGCGCCCACUUGUCGUUGCACUACGAGCAGGAACAGACCUUGUCGGGCAAGGAUUGCGAACCCUCGAGCUUUGUGUCGACAACCUCACAGCCGAUUAUCUUGAUCCUAUCAUGGCGCCUGUUAUUGAUGAAUUGAUGACUGCUUUGUUUGACCAUCUCAAGCCUCAUCCUUACAGCCACUUCCACGCCCACACUACCAUGAGAAUUCUUGGUAAGCUAGGCGGCAGAAACAGAAAGUUUAUGACUGGAGCUGUUCCGCUGGCUUACAGAGAGUAUGCCGAUGAUCCUUCAAGUUUCGAUGUGCGCCUGUUGGGCUCCAAGAAGGAUAGGGCUUUCCCUGCUGAUAUGGGCAUUGACUUCGCCAUUCAGAAGUUGAUGGAGUUUCCAAAGGCAACCAAGAACAACCAUAGCAAGCAGUUUGAUGGUUACUAUAAGAAACAAGCGCUGCACCUCAUUAAAUCUCAACUUAAGCUCCGUAUCGGUUACGACCAGCUUCCGGAUGACCUUCCUCGUCUACUGCGACUCCAGGCCGAGGAUUUGAUUGCACGGAGGUACGAGAUCAAUUCCACCAAUUUUGAGGUUUCGGAUCGUGAGCGGUCGAUCCCGAAGAAAGAGAGCGAAGACGUAGUCGUCAAGCAGCUCCUCAAGGCAGUCAUGUUUGCCCAUUCUUUCCCUGAAUUCAAGGACGAAGCCAGCGCUUUCCUGUUGAACCUCUGCAAGCACUUUGCAAUAAUUGAGAUCGGAAGAGCUUUGGUGGAUCUGAAGCGCAACUAUAGCCCCUUCGAUCCUAAUGCCGGCGAAGGCCUCUUGCAUAUCGAUACGCGCAACCUGUCAGAUGCGAUCGUGGAGUCUUUGGCCUCUGACCAUCCAGAUGUGCGUGAGGCAGCCAAGAGUGCCAUCCGGGAGAUGUAUGACUCUACAGCAAUCAUCUUUGGUUCAGAAGAUGACGUUGGCAAGCUACCUUUCUUCGGUCAUCUAAGCAGUACUUUCUGUCAUAGCUGCUACGAAGAAGAGUGGUUCACGAAGACUGGUGGUAGUUUGGGAAUCAACUACUUACUUACUGAGCUUGACUUUGGCGACACAUGGAUCACCUCCAAGCAAACCGAGUUCAUCCGUGCGCUCACCUACGUAGUCAAGGAUAUGCCCCAAGACCUCCCCGAGAAGACACGCUGCCUGGCUCAGACAAGUUUGGAGGUUCUGCUCAAGCGCAUCACGAAGGACAUCACCAAAGAGGAUGCGCUGCCAAUUGCGCAACAACCCGGCCAGCCACCGAACCCUCAACCUAAGCAACCUCGGCUUUCCCAGAUAUGCCAACAAUUCGGCAAUGAUCUGUACCACAUGAACAAGCAUGUUCGGGAGACCGCCAAACAUUCUCUCGAACUCAUUGCAAAGGCCGCAAACUGCGAAGUCUGGGAGCUGCUCGAAUCAUGCAAAGACAAGAUUUUGCAGCCUAUUUUCGCCAAGCCCUUGCGUGCGUUGCCGUUCAGUAUACAAAUUGGCUAUAUCAAUGCCAUGACAUACCACAUGAGUCUCAAGAACGAUUGGGUGCCUUUUGACGACAACCUGAACCGUCUUCUGAUGGAGUCUUUAGCCUUGGCUGAUGCAAGCGACGAGUCUCUUGCUAAUAAGCCUGCAGAGUUUCGUACGCAUGAGCACAUUGUCAAUCUUCGCGUAUCAUGCAUCAAGCUACUCACAACAGCUAUGACUUUUGAAGAAUUCUCCAAUCAACCCACGAAGACCAAGAUUCUUAGCGUUUUCUUUAAGUGUCUCUACUCUGAAUCACAGCCUACUAUUACUGCAGCAAAUGAUGCUUUGAAGUCAGUCUUGUCGGUAGAUAGGCGUCUACCUAAGGAGCUUCUACAGGGAGGUCUGCGGCCAGUGCUGCAGAGCCUUUCGGACCCGAAACGACUGAGAGCGCGCCUACUGGAACAGAUCGACUCAAUUGUUGAGCCCAGUGCCUUGCAGCAGAUAUCCUUUACCUUCUUCGACCAGCACCCUCAGAUGAAGAUCAUCACUGCUAUUCUGAAUAUCUUUCAUUUGCUCCCCGCACCUGCUGAAGCUUUUAAGGAAAGAUUGAUUGAUUGCUUCCUUGGCUUAGAAGAUAAGCUACGCCGAACCCAGCUCAGCCCAUUCCGUCUCCCUAUAUACAGAUACAUGAACCGAUAUCCAAAAGAAAUCUGGGCUUAUCUCUUUGGAAAAGUGGAAGAUCUUAAGUAUGGCCGACUGUUGGCUCAGGUUCUCCGCCAUCCUGACAGCCAUGCUCUGAGGGAGGUCGCGGUUGAAAACGUCGACGGUCUAGUUGCUCGGUGUAAUGAGCUGAUCAGCCAAGGCAAUGAGGCCAAGUUCAUUGCCAUGGUCAAUGCGAUUCAUAUUUUCGAGUCCCUCGGCCAUUUCCCCAGCUCCGAAAAGUGGAUGGACAAGAAGGAGCAUCUGGAUUGGCUGAAGAACAUCGGCAAGGAACUGGAGAUGCAUCUUCGACAGCAUACACUUCCAGCCCAUCUCCGAUUGCCGGCUUACCAAGCUGCGGAGCAACUCAUGACGCUUCUCGUCAGGUCACUCGAAAGGGCACCUAAAGAUUUGGAUCCCCUUUUCCAUCUGAUUGAAUGCGUCACCUCUGAUGAGCUUCGCAACACGCAGGAGCUGUUCUCGUUCAUCUACCAAAAAAUCAUUUGCAGUGAUGCGAUCGACUUUUGGAAGACGACAGUCCUUCGUUGCUUGGAUACGUAUGCUGGAAAGUCUGCAUCAAACAAGAUGAAGUAUUUCCUCUUGCAUUACAUAGUCAACCCGAUCGUUGCGAUGGAUGUCAUGCGAAACUUCAAGCAGCUCGAUCAAAACAGGAGCCCUCGACUGAUGGACAGAGCUGUCAUUGAUGCAGUGAGCAGCAAGAUCUGGAAGGUCCACCCAGAGAUGACGAUGGAUGAUCAAGCCCAGCCCGGCAUUGACCAUACUAGGUAUGAGGUCUUGCAGCUCUCUGCAAUGUUGGUCAAAUAUUACCACACACCGCUCCAAGAUGCGAGAAAAGAUAUCAUCAAGUUCGGUUGGACCUUCAUCCGCCUGGAGGAUGUUAUCAACAAACAUGCUGCCUAUGUAGUGAUUGGUUACUUCAUUGCACAUUACGAGACACCGCCAAAGAUCGUGACUCAGGUGUACCUAUCGCUCUUGAAGGCAAAUCAAAACGAGGGACGUGCCUUGGUCACUCAAGCACUCGAGCUUAUUGCGCCCAUGCUGCCAAAGCGUUGUGGAACCGGUCAGAACGAACGCAACGCACCUUGGGCUGUUGCGCCUCGCCGUAUUCUUGCCGAUGAGGGACAAAACGCUCAGCAGAUGACGAGCAUCUUCCACUUCCUCGUCAGGCAUCCAGACCUCUUUUACGAAGCUCGCGAUAAGUACAUCACUUUGAUGAUCAGCUCUCUGCGGAAGCUCGCCACCCCACAGAAUGCGUCUCACGAGUCCAAAAGACUAUGCCUCAACAUGAUGUGGCUGAUCUGGACCUGGGAAGAACGACGAGUCGAGGGGAAAUCACCUACUAAUGGAGCGAGAUCCUUUUCUCAAUCGCCCAACACAAAGAAGAGAAAACUGGAAGCCGAGCAAGUAGGCACCUCUCAGCCAACAGGGCGUGCUGAGUAUCAGAUCCCACCUCUUUUCCGAUUGAAGAUGAUUAAGUAUCUUGUUGAAUUCAUCGCGCAAUUGAAUGAGCGAUACGAGCUUCCUUCAGCCAAGCCCCGAGACCAGGUCGCAUCAUCAAUUCCUCCUGUUCCUCUAGCGUUGACCGACCUUUGCAAGAAGGCCAUGAAGCUGCUCUACAACUUGGUACAGCCUCAGUACUGGGGCGAUCUCGACCUCGAUCUGUUCCCUAAUGUCACCCAAGUCAUCCUGGCAAGCGAUCGAACACAGACCAUUCUUACUGCUGACCCUUCUGACAAGGAGAAGUUUGAUGAGAAGUUCCUGACCAAUAUUAUCAAUACUCUUCAGGUCGUUCGCAUCGUCCUCAAUUCCAAGUCGGAUGAGUGGAUUCAAAAGAGCAUGCCAGCUAUUCAGAAGGUCUUGGAGAAGUGUCUCAAGUCGGAAAACCCUGAAAUUCAGGAUUGUCUCCAUCUUUCUGAUAAGAAGUUUGAUGACAACCGUGAGCUCCGAUCAAUUGUGAAGCGCAUCUUGGACUCUGUCCCUGAUGAUACACCUAUGGAGGACGCGGAUGGCGAAGGCGAACCGGAGCAGCAGACAUCCGAGAUUGUUCUUUACUUGUCUCAGCUUGCGACAGAAGCCAUGAACAGUAACAACUAUACUUCGGGUGUCAACAUUCUUUGGUCUCUUGGCCAGCGGAAGCCGAAUGUUAUUGACCAACAUAUCCCUUCCUUGAUGAAGGCUCUUCAGUCUAAACAUGCUAGGGAGCAUGUGCAGCACUAUAACGCAGUCGCGAAUCAGGCAGCUGGAGUCAACAACAGGAAUCAGGACCCUAAUACGCCGAGUGGAGAAAUGACUGCCUAUGAUCUGGAGAUCCAGACUAAAAUUAUGAUCAAGGAAAUUCAGGUCGUAGCUUUGCAGAUGGAGGUUCUAGGUGAUGCUCGUCGGCCUUUCCUCAGCGUUCUUGCAACGUUAGUGGAAAAGUCCAUGUCAAUCGAGCUUUGCGAAGAGAUAUUGAACAUGGUUGAGGGAUGGGUAUUCCGAUCAGAAGGGACAUGGCCUACUCUUAAGGAGAAGACGGCCGUCCUCCACAAGAUGCUGUCCUUUGAACACCGACAAGACCCAACCAUGCUAUCCAAGUUCUUGGAUCUCGUCAUUCGCAUUUACGAGGAUCCCAAGAUCACCCGCACGGAACUCACAGUCCGCAUGGAACAUGCCUUCCUUAUUGGCACUCGCGCAGCGGAUGUCGAGAUGCGUAACCGCUUCAUGGCCAUUUUCGAUAAAAGCUUGUCGAAGUCGGCUAGUGCUCGCCUAUCCUAUGUUCUUACAUCCCAAAACUGGGACACCCUCUCCGACUCUUACUGGCUUGCCCAAGCCACUCAUCUGCUACUGGGUGCUGUGGAGACGAACGCCAGUAUCCAGCUUCACAAGUCUGACUUCAGGACGCUGCCAAUCUCACUCCUACUGACCAUCUUCACCAAGGAGAUGGAGGCUCGGGAACCUACUACCAUCAUUGAUGACAAGUUUGAGUCAUUCAUGGCUACUCACCGCCGAUUCAUGUUGGAGCUUGGUGACGUGAAGGUGAAGGAUGUGGUUGAGCCGUUGGUGCAGCUCCAACAUGUUGAUUCCCAACUUGCUCACAACCUUUGGGUAACCCUCUUCCCAAUUUACUGGUCGUCUGUUGCCAAGGAUGAUCGAGUUGACCUCGAGCGUGGGAUUGUGGCACUGCUCACUAAGGACUAUCACAGUCGACAAAUUGACAAGCGUCCCAACGUUAUUCAGUCGAUUCUUGACGGUGCUGCAAAGACCUGGCCUGAGUGUAAGAUCCCGCCGCAUGUCCUCAAAUACGAGGCGAAGACAUACGACGCUUGGUAUACUGCCCUGAUCCAACUUGAGAAUGCUGCUAUCAAGCCUCAAGUUGAGUCUGCCACGGUUCGCGAGAGUAAUCUUGAUGCCCUUGUCGAGUUGUACGCCGCUCUACAAGAAGACGACCUGUUCUAUGGUACUUGGAGGCGACGGUGCCAGUUCGUUGAAACCAACGCAGCCCUGUCAUACGAACAGAACGGCAUGUGGGAUAAGGCACAGAAGUUGUAUGAGAAUGCUCAGAUCAAGGCCAGGACAGGCGUGAUUCCAUUCUCCCAAGCCGAGUAUAUGCUUUGGGAGGAUCACUGGGUUCUCUGUGCACAGAAAUUGCAACAGUGGGAGAUUCUCCAGGAUUUUGCGAAGCACGAAAACUUCCAGGAUCUCCUUCUCGAGUGCGCUUGGCGAAACACAGAGAUGUGGCAAGAUGAGCAACACCGCGAGGCUUUGGAUAACAUUAUUAAGGGCGUCAUGGAUGCCCCUACACCUCGCAGGGCCUUCUUCCAGUCUUUUAUGUCGCUCCUCAAGUUCCACAAUCACCAGGAACCUAGCACUGAUUUCGCGCGCGUCUGCGAUGAGGCCAUCCAGCUCUCUAUCCGCAAGUGGCAUCAGCUGCCUGAGCGCUUGACCAACGCGCACGUUCCUCUCCUCCAGAACUUCCAGCAGUUGGUGGAGCUUCAUGAUGCUAGUGUCAUCUGUCAGAGUCUUGCUAACACUAAUCAAACAAACCUGGAUGUCAAGUCUGGCGAGCUUAAGCUGCUGCUGGGUGCUUGGCGUGAUCGACUUCCCAAUGUCUGGGAUGAUAUCACCGCUUGGCAAGAUCUUGUCACCUGGAGACAGCACAUCUUCAGUCUCAUCAAUCAAACGUAUCUGCAAUUGCUGCCUCAACAGGGCCAGCAAAACGCUGGUGGGGCCAGUUCCUUCGCUUACCGCGGUUAUCACGAGACUGCCUGGAUCAUUAACAGGUUUGCCCAUGUUGCACGCAAGCAUAACCUUCCUGAGGUUUGCAUCAACCAGCUGAGCCGCAUCUACACGCUGCCGAACAUCGAAAUUCAGGAAGCUUUCCUGAAGCUUCGUGAACAGGCCAAAUGCCAUUACGAAAAUCCCGAAGAGCUCUCUAGUGGUCUGGAUGUGAUUAAUAAUACGAACCUCAACUACUUCAGUCCAUCUCAAAAAGCCGAAUUUUACACACUCAAGGGCAUGUUCCUGGAGAAGCUUAAGCAAAAGGAAGAAGCCGAUUCGGCGUACGGUACAGCCUUGUACUUUGAUAUAGGUGCUGCAAAAGCCUGGGCUGAAUGGGGUUACUUCAACGAUCGCAAGUUUAAGGAAGACCCGACCGAUCUCAACGCGGCACGACAGGCACUCACCUCGUACUUGCAAGCCGCAGGAAGCUACAAAAAUGCCAAAUCUCGAAAGCUGCUGGCACGAAUCUUGUGGCUUCUCAGCUUGGAUGAUGCUAAGGGCACAAUAGCCUUGGGUUUUGAUGACUUUAAGGGCGAAACUCCCGUAUGGUAUUGGAUCACUUUCAUCCAACAGUUGAUUACGGGUCUCGGCCAUAAGGAAGCCCCUCGAGUUUUCCAGCUCCUGCUUAAGAUUGCCAAAUCUUACCCUCAGGCCCUGUACUUCCAGCUUCGAACAAACAGAGAGGAUCUUCUUGUCAUCAAGAAGAACCAGGAAGCUAGGGAUAGGACAGCAAGACAACGUGCGCAAUCAGUUGCAUCCAACGGAAAGGCGAGCGCGUCUCCUUCCAUGACCAAGCAGGAACCUCCCAGGCCUGGAACAGCAACUUCUCGACCUGGCACUGCGAAUGCGGCUGACGGUACGCCAGUCAAGGCUGAAGGUGAAGCCAACGGCAACGCUGCUGGUACUCCAGCACCUGCCAAUGGACAAACGCCUGAUCCCUCAAAGGCUGUACAGAAGGCUACGUCCCAACCUGGACAGGCAGGACAGCCUCAAAAGAAGCCCCCGUGGGAGUACACCGAAGAGGUCAUGUCUGUUCUCAAGACGGCUUUCCCUCUUCUAGCUCUCUCCAUGGAGACAAUGGUGGACCAGAUUCAGAAGAACUUCAAGUGCCCUCCUGACGAGGACGCCUACCGACUAAUCGUGGCCCUGCUCAAUGAUGCUCUGGCCUACGUCAGUAGAACACCGCCCUCUUUUGCCAAGAACGUCAAGCUUCCAGCAGCAACCGAGACCAAUAUCACUCGUUUUGCAGAAACGAUCUUGCCAAGCCACAUCAAGAAAUCGUUCGAGGCAGACUUUGUGACUGUUAAGCCCACUAUGUAUGAGUACAUCUACAAGCUGCGUCGCUGGCGAAACAAGUUUGAAGAGAAGCUGGAUCAUCGAGUGCCUCGAGCCUCACUCGAGAUGUUCUCUCCUCAUCUGAGCGAGUUCAGAUACGGAAAGUUUGACGAGGUUGAGAUUCCUGGCCAGUAUCUGCAGCACAAGGAUAAGAACCAGGACUUCAUCCGUAUCGAUCGAUUCCUGCCAAACAUAGAUCUCGUGCGGUCUAUUAGUGCUUCUUAUCGGCGUAUCAAGAUGCGUGGACAUGAUGGCAGCAUCCACAAAUGGGCCAUUCAGCACCCUGCAGCCCGUCACUGCCGACGAGAGGAGCGCAUCUUGCAGCUCUUCCGGUCGCUUAACCAGACAUUGGGCCGUAAGAAGGAGAGCCGACGUCGCGAUUUGCAGUUCACGAUACCCAUCAUGGUUCCUUUCGCACCACACAUCCGACUUGUACAGGAAGACACGUCCUACACCACACUGCAGGGAGUGUAUGAGGACCAUUGUCGAAACAUGGGCAUGUCGAAGGAUGACCCUGUUUUGUUUACUAUGGAGAAGCUUCGGGGUGCCCUUGAGAGCAAGAGCUCGAACAAGCCCGAACAGGCGGCGACAGCUCGAUUAGAGGUGUUCAACGCGAUCCAGGAGAAGUGGGUGCCAUCAACCGUGGCAAUCGAGUAUUUCCAGAAGGUUUUCCCACAGUUUGCUGAGUUCUGGCUGUUCCGUCGCCAGUUCUCGUAUCAGCUUGCGGCUUUGACGUUUAUCACGUACAUCAUGUACAUGCACAACCGAUACCCGCAAAAGAUCAACAUAUCCAGAUCCACGGGCAAGGUUUGGGGGUCUGAGAUGAUGUCAUAUAUGAGCGCCAACAAACCCUUCUUCCACAACCCGGAGCCGGUGCCAUUCCGACUCACGCCCAACCUCCAAACACUGAUGGGCCCACUUGCGACUGAGGGCAUCUUUGCAUGUUCGCUGAUGGCCAUUGCAAGAUGCCUGACGGAGCCCGAACACGAGCUGGAGCAUGCCUUGACGCUGCUUGUCCGCGACGAGAUGCUGUUCUGGUUCACUGGAAGCCAUAGGAAUGGUGUGAUUACAGAGAGUCAGCUCAGGGAUUCUGUGCAAGUCAACAGCGAAUCGAUUGUCAAGAGGGCAAUAAGCUUGGCCCACAGCCCUGUUGGCAACUUGCCCGCGAACCAGACGGUGAUUGAUGCGAUUGCCAAGGCGGUCAACCCUAUGAACCUGGCGCAGUGCGAUGCAUUGUGGAUGCCAUACCUGUAA